AUGACGAGACAGAGAAGCAGUUUGUUUUCAAGUUUAACAUCGAAACGGGAAUUGUCGACCUCCUUGAUGUCGGUCAAGAUACUCUUUCGCAGGGCCGUCUUUGGGAAGAAGAGAUGCAGAAGUAUAUUGGAGAACGACACUCCAUACCAGGCUUUCUUGCCGCCGUUACUCUUCAACUUGAGGCUCGUCGUAACAUGGACGACGUGGAACGCGCACAAAAACUCAGUAAUUCACAAGAGGACUAGAACAUAUCCCUUCCACAUUGAUAAUUAUGUUAUUAUCAAUGUGGAAGGGAUAUGUUAA